AAAGGGCUGUUCCCUGCGCCGGGCACAAGGUUGUGGUGCUCGAGUCUCGGGAUGUCGCUGCGGUGCACUCCGUGGUUGCUGCUCAUUAGCGGCCUGCUGGCCGGAGUGUUUAGCGGGGCUUCCGGUGACAACAACAUGCUACCUAGCAAGAAACUGAGGAUGCAGUAUGCUGCCGGGCCGCUGCUCAAGUUCCAGAUCUGUGUCUCCUGAGGGUACAGGCGGGUGUUUGAAGAGUACAUGCAGGUUAUCAACCAGCGCUACCCAGACAUCCGCAUAGAAGGAGAAAAUUAUCUUCCUCAUCCUAUUUAUAGGCAUAUAGCAUCCUUCUUGUCAAUAUUCAAGCUAGUAUUAAUAGGUUUAAUUGUUGUUGGAAAAGAUCCAUUUGCAUUCUUUGGUAUGCAAGCUCCAGGUGUUUGGCAAUGGGGACAAGAAAAUAAGGUCUAUGCCUGCAUGAUGGUUUUCUUCCUAAGUAACAUGAUUGAGAAUCAGUGUAUGUCUACAGGAGCUUUCGAGAUCACAUUAAAUGAUGUUCCUGUUUGGUCAAAGCUAGAAUCAGGACACCUCCCAUCAAUGCAGCAGCUUGUCCAGAUAAUUGACAAUGAGAUGAAACUAAAUGUUCAUAUGGAUGCAAUACCCAACCACCACCGUUCAUAGCUAAGUUUUUCAGCACCAAGUGUAUCCUACAUCUAAUGGACUUUUGCUCAGGUGUCCAGCGGGGCUGGUGUUUUAUGAAGGUUUGCACUGAAGACAGAUCCUGUUAGUGCAAGCUGGAGGUUCCUUCACAGUUUCGUUGCACCUCUUGAAGUCCUGGAUGCAAGAUAUUAUUGGUGCUGCUCUCCUCCUGCAUUCUACAGAGUGCAAUAAUGUGUAGAGGCAUCUUUAUUAUUUUUAAGCCAUUAUUUCAGCAGUUCCAUACUUCACAUAAUGCUGGCAUUACAACUUUUACUUUCAUCAUUUACCGUGUUGGAAUAGGUAAAGUCUGAUUUUUCUCCAGAGACAUUUUUUAUUUUUUUUUUGUCUUUUUGAGAUCUAAUUUUUAUAAAAAAAAAUGUUCUUUGUAUAGUUUGAAGUGAUGCUAUAAUUAAAAUUCAGAUUUGUUACUGCUAACACCUAAUUGUUUAGUUCUAACAAUGUUCUAUAUAAUUAAAGUAUAUUGCAGAUAUCCAAGAUAAGUUAUUCUAAAUUAUAUAUUAUUCUAAGUAGUGCAUUUGCCUAUGUGGGCAACUGUUCUUUCUGAAACCCAGUACGUUCUAUUCGCUGUCUUCGGUUAAAUAAUGUGUUUUUAAACUGAGCCUUUAUAUACUUGUUCUCUUUAUUCAAAAUGCAAAUUAAGUUAAUAAAUUGUUCUACUAAGCGUC